AUGGCACGAGUGACGCCGGCCUCUCGGACUGGUGGCCCUCUUCCAAACGCCGAUAGACAUUCGGUUUGCCUAUUCUGGGGGCUGUUCCUCCUCCUCCUACUCUUCUUUUUCUACUCCUCCUCCUCUUUAUCAUACUCCUUCUUCAUCUCCUUUUUCUUCUCCUUCUUCUCUUCUUUUAUAUCCUCUUUCUUCUCCUCUUUCUCCCCUUUCCUCUCCUCUUUCUUCUUCUCUUCUUUCUCCUUCUCCUUCUCCUUCUCCUCUUUCUCCUCUUUCCUCUCCUCGUCCUUCUCCCCUUUCUUCUCCUUCUUCUCUUCUUUUCUCUCCUCUUCCUUCCCCUCUUACUUCUCUUCCUUCUUGUCCUCCUUCUCUCCUUUCCUUUCCUCUUUCUCCUCCUCUUUCUUCUCCUUUUUCUUCUUCUCUUCCUUCUCAUUCUCCUCUUUCCUCUCAUAUUUCUCCUCCUCUUUCCUCUCUUCUUUCUCCACUUUCCCCUCUUCCCUCUAUUUUGUCUUCUCCUCUUUCCCUUCCUCUUUCUCUUCCUUCCUCUCCUCUUCCUUCUCCUUCUCCUUCUAUUUCUUCUGCUUUUCUUUCUUCUCUUUCCUCUCCUCUUUCUUCUUCUCUUCCUUCUCCUUCUCCUCUUUCUCCUCUUCCUUCACUUUCCUCUCCUCUUUCUCUCCUCUUCCUUCACUUUCUACUUCUCCUCUUUCUCUUCUUUUCUCUCCUCUUCCUUCCUAUCUUACUUCUCCCCUUUCCUCUCCUCUUUAUCCUCUUUCUUCUCCUUCUCCUCUUUCUUCUCUUUCUUCUCCUUUUCCUUAUCCUCUUUUCCUUCUUUCUCUCCUCUUUCUUCUCCUCUUUCUACUCCAUUUUAUUCUCCUCUUCUUUCUUCUUCUCUUCCUCUUUCUCAUUCUCCUCUUUCCCUUCCUCUUUCUCUUCUUUUCUCUCUUACUUCCCUUCUUUCUUCUCCUCCUCUUUCUCUCCUCUUCCUUCCCCUUCCCCUUCUCCUCUUUCUUCUCCUCUUUCCCUUCUUCUUUCUUCUGCUUCUUUUUCUCUCCUCUUUCUUCUUCUUUUUCUUCUCCUCUUGUUUCUUCUUCUCUUCCUCUUUCUCAUUCUCCUCUUCUUUCUCCUCUUUCCUUUCCUCUUUCUUCGCCUUCUCUCUCUUCUCCUCUUUCCUCUCCUCUUUCUUUUCCUCUUUCCAUUCCUCUUUCUUCGUUUUCCUCUCUUCUUUUUUUCCCUUCUCUUUCUCUCCUUUUUCUUCUCUUUUUUCUCCUCCUCUUUCUCCUGUUUCCUUUCCUCUUCCCUUUCUUCUCCUCUUUUAUCUUCUCAUUCUUCUCCUCCCUUUUUCCUUUCCUCUUUUUUCUUCUCUUUAUUCUCCUCCUCUUCCACCAACAUCAUUUCAACAGGACGUAA